UUGUCAUGUGAUAUCUUCUUGCAGCUUCUUGUUCCAGGCUGAAGUUAAUGUUAAACAGAUGGGGCUGUGGCUGUAUAUUCUCAUGAUAUUUUUGGGAGGCUUACAAUUUCAGCAGGGCACCGCAGCAGUUCGUACCUUCAGUAUUGAUUAUAAAAAUAACUGCUUCCUCAAGGAUGGAAAUAAGUUUCGUUAUAUCUCAGGCAGCAUCCAUUACUUCCGUAUCCCACCAGCUUAUUGGAAAGACCGACUCCUCAAGAUGUAUAUGAGUGGUCUCAAUGCUGUACAAAUUUAUGUCCCAUGGAAUUAUCAUGAACCAUUGCCUGGAAUUUACAAGUUUUCUGGGGACAGAAACUUGGAAGGAUUCUUGGACUUAGUGGCCCAAUUAGGGCUGUUGGUGAUUUUGCGCCCUGGACCCUACAUCUGUGCUGAAUGGGAUAUGGGUGGCCUUCCAUCUUGGCUGUUGGCAGAACCAAAUAUUAUUCUACGAACAUCUGAUCCAGGUUUUCUGCAAGCUGUCAACAAAUGGCUGAGUGUCCUGCUACCCAAGAUAAAACCUCGUCUUUACCAAAAUGGAGGUAACAUCAUCAGUAUCCAGGUGGAGAAUGAAUAUGGAAGCUAUUACGCAUGUGACUAUGACUAUAUGCGUCACCUUCUGGCUGUUUUCCGCUUAUAUUUGGGCAAAGAAGUUGUGCUUUUCACAACUGAUGGCGUCAAAGAAUCUGAUCUGCAAUGUGGGACCCUGCAAGAUUUAUAUUCCACUGUGGACUUUGGAUCAGAGAUAAAUGUGACACAAGCAUUUGAACAGCAGCGUCUGGUUGAGCCAAGAGGACCACUG